ACAACACAAUAUUUACUUGUUGUACAAUACUAGUACAACUCAAAAACAUAGAAUAUAGCCACACGCGACCGGCGAGGUCAAAGAGAUCUGCGGUUGAACAUCUUGCUAUUCAGAAUUUUCUAGCAAACUCUUCGAGCCUGAACUUUUGUGCCUCGUAUUGGUCUAUAUAUAUUAAUAAUUUAGUUACCGUACUGACGUGCCGAGAGACGCAUCUUUACGUAGCUAGUUACCCUUCACGAGAGAAGCUUAGGGAAAUUUCUGGAAUAACGCUUACUAACUUUCAAUAAUCAAACAAAAUGGCAGUAGAUAUUACUCCAUCCAAAGAUGGAGGAGUACUUAAGGAGAUUUUGAGAGAAGGAACUUCAGAUAAAACUCCACAAGUUGGUGCUCAUGUCAUUGUUCAUUAUGUCGGAACACUUUUGGAUGGGACAAAGUUUGAUUCAAGUCGAGAUCGGAAUGAAAAAUUUCAGUUUGAUUUAGGGCUAGGACAAGUCAUUAAAGGCUGGGAUAUUGGUAUUGCUUCCAUGAAAAAAGGUGAAUUAGCUGUUUUAACUUGUGCUCCUAAUUAUGCAUAUGGUGCUUCAGGAAGUCCACCAAAAAUACCCCCUAAUUCAACUUUAAAAUUUGAGGUUGAGUUGUUUGACUGGAUUGGUGAAGAUCUAAGUCCUGAUAAGAGUAAUGGCAUUACAAGAGAACAAAUUACAGCUGGUACAGGAUAUGCAAAUCCAAAAGAGGAUGGAUUAGUUGAUGUUCAUUUGACUGGACUCUACAAUGGUCAGCAGUUUGAAGAUAGAGAUGUAAAAUUCACAUUAGGCGAAGGUGAAUCAGAAGGUGUGAUACGUGGUGUGGAAAUAGCUCUUGAAAAAUUUAAAAAGGGAGAAAAAUCCAAAGUUUUCAUCAAGAGUAAAUAUGCUUUUGGUACCAGUGGCAAACCUGAAUUCAAUAUUCCACCAAAUGCUGAUGUAGAAUAUAUUGUUGAACUCAAGAAUUUUGAAAAAGCACUAGAAUUGUGGUCAAUGGAAGGGCCACAAAAAGUUGAACAAGCUCUUCUAUUCAAAGACAAGGGUACUACAUAUUUCAAAAAUCAGAAAUAUGAACUAGCUAUCAGAAUGUACAAAAAAGUUGUAGAAUGUGUAAAUGAGGAUAUCGAUUUUAAAGAAGAUGAACUUGCCAUAAAACGAGUAAAUCUUUUGCUUUCUGCCAAUUUAAAUCUUGCUUUGUGUUUUUUGAAAGUAAAAUCACCUUUGGAAGCAAAAGAAGCCAGUGAGAAAGCUAUUGAAUUAGAUCCCCGCAAUGAAAAAGCUUUGUUUAGAAAAGGUCAAGCACUUAUGGAUCUAAUUGAUUAUGAAGAAGCUGUAAAGAUUUUUCAAAAAGUUCUUGAAAUUGAACCAAAAAAUACUGUUGCUAUGAAAAAUAUUCAAAUCUGUCAGGAGAAAAUCAAGAAUAAUUUAGCUAGAGAGAAGAAACUAUAUGCCAAUAUGUUUGAGAAAUUUGCUAAACAAGACCAACAGAGACUCGAAGAAGAAGAAAGAAAGAAGCCUAAUAUUAUGCAUGGAACUUUGGGGGAAUGGGGUCAAGAAGAGCGCCCGGGUGGACGAGAUGCAACCGCAUUUGAAAAAGAAAAUCCGAACAUACUCAUGCUCAAUGCUAAUGGUAGUGGAGAGUUCAAAAACAUGUAAUUUACCUAUGUAUUCAAUGCAAAAUGCCUGUGUACUAAAAAUUUGUAGUUUUGUUCAAAACAACCACUCUGCCAAGUUGAAUAGUCAGAUAUAAUUGUUGUCUUAAACAUGUGUAACUACUUUAACAUUCGAAAUUUGAAUGAAGAAAUUCUUAUUUUUUUUUAAAUAAAGUUCUGAACUUACAUAAAAAUAAUAUUUUACCUAUGACUUAAUCUUAAACUGUGAUGGAAUAAAAUUUUUAUUCAUUGGA